AAUACCUGUGUCCACUGAAGCGGUUUGUGUAGAGGAGCAUGUUGUGACAGCCAUGUCUCUGGAGAUGGAAAAGACCAUCACCAAGCUGAUGUACGACUUCCAGAGGAACUCCACCUCUGAUGAUGACUCUGGAUGUGCACUGGAGGAAUAUGCCUGGGUCCCCCCCGGCCUCAGUCCUGAGCAGGUGCAUCAGUACUAUAACUCCUUACCCGAAGAAAAGGUUCCCUAUAUAAACAGCCCUGGAGAGAAAUAUCGCAUCAAACAGCUGCUGCACCAGUUGCCUCCCCAUGACAAUGAGGUGCGUUACUGUAACGCGUUAGACGAGGAGGAGAAACGGGAACUAAAGAUCUUCAGCAACCAGCGGAAGAAGGACAACUUGGGCAGAGGCAACAUCCGUCCUUUCCCCCUCACCAUCAGUGGCGCCAUCUGUGACAAGUGCGGUGGUCAAAUAAACGGAGGCGACAUGGUGGUCUUUGCUGCGAGGGCAGGGCACAGCAAAGUCUGGCACCCUCAUUGCUUUGUCUGCAGCAUGUGUGAGGAGCUGUUGGUGGAUCUCAUCUACUUCUACCAGGAUGGCAAGAUCUUCUGCGGCCGACACCACGCGGAGAGGCUGAAACCCCGCUGCACCGCCUGUGAUGAGAUUAUCUUUGCUGAUGAAUGCACUGAGGCGGAGGGCAGGCACUGGCACAUGAAGCACUUCCGUUGCUACGAGUGUGAGACCACCCUCGGCGGCCAGCGCUACAUCAUGAAGGACGGACGGCCACACUGCUGCAACUGCUUCGAGUCCCUUUAUGCAGAGUACUGUGACGCAUGUGGAGAACACAUAGGCAUUGACCAAGGCCAGAUGACUUAUGAUGGGCAGCACUGGCACGCCACCGAGGAGUGCUUUUGUUGUGCCCGUUGCAAGCGUUCUCUGCUGGGCCGCCCCUUUCUGCCAAAGCAGGGGCAGAUCUUCUGCUCACGAUCCUGCAGCGCUGGACAGGAUCCAGAUGAGUCUGACUCCUCCGACUCUGCCUUCCAAAGCGCCCGGUCCCGUGAAUCCCGCCACAGCACCAAGAUUGGCAAAAAUGAGCGCAGGAAUGCCGAGCGGAGUGCCGAGCCCCGCCAGUCAGCUCCCCCCCCCAUGCCCGACCGUCUGUCUGCUGAAAUUGAACCCCUCUCCGGCCAGAUGGACCGUUUAAGCCUCUCAUCUAGCCAGACCCCGAGCAGGACCCCUAACCGCACGCCCAGCCGCACUCCAAGCCGUGCCCCGAGCCUUAACCAGGUGUGGAUGAGCCGCGAUGACCCCUACGUCCCUGCCGUGUAUGAGGGGCCCCAGCUAGAACCCACACCUACACCCGCACCUAUACAUCUGCUGGCUCAGUGUAACCCCAGGCAGGGCUACAAUCCAAACGCAAAUGCUCAUCCUCCAGCUCAGACUGCUUCCAAUCCAGGGAAAAGGCCUGACUCCUGGGGGAAGGAACAAGGCAAUGCCAAGAGGACUCCCAUGGCUGCUUUGAGGGGCCACUCCUUUAACGAGAACUGGACCCACCACAGCCAGGAUGAGUUCAGGCCCAACAAGCUUCGCACCCAGAUGAGUUUCAACGAGAUGCCCAGCCAGAAUCAGGGAUUUUCUGACAAGAGGAGCAUCAGCCUGCAUGGAUUCCAGAGAGACGGCAGACCCCCUCUGACCAGGAGGAACCCCAUCAACGCCAUGAGCUUCAACGAGCCCCUCACUCCUCUAGAACAGACUCCUCGUGGAUCCAUGGACUCCUUCACUAUGUCCAAUGCUACAGCAGGUAACUCUCUGGACGGGGUCACUAAGCGCCAGGAGCAUUUGUCGAGGUUCUCCAUGCCCGACCUGAGUAAAGACUCGGGUGUGAACGUUUCUGAAAAGAGCCACAUGGGCACCCUCAGCUCCUCAGUCCAGUUCCACAGCACAGAGUCUCUGUCCUCCUCCCGGCCCUACAACAGCAACAUGUACGGUCCGCUGAGGGUCGGCUACCCGCUGCAGUACUGGGAUGGCCCACAGCCGCUGGGAUUCGAUGGCAAAGGUCGCGUUGGGGUGAUGGGCAGCAGUGGAAACCUGCGGAUGGCUCCAAUGAGCGACAGAAUGCCCCGCAGACGCAUCAACGGGCAGGAACCUGUGACGCAGCAACAGCAGCAGCAGCCACAACCAAGACGCCGCAAACACCACCGUGGAAAUCACGGCAACGGGCAGCACCGCAGUAGCCGCCAUCACAAACGCUCCCGUCGCUCCCGCUCUGACAACGCACUGCACCUGGUGGCAGACCGUCCUUCUCAGAUGGUGGAGCUGCCCUACCGCCGCGUCCAGGAGGAUUACGAUCGCUUCCCCGCUGGUAACGCCGCUCGGGAGUUAUUCGGUCUGGAGCCCGGCGGGUACAGACAGCAGCCCCAACGACCCUGCCCCCGCACCACCUCUGAUCUCACCCUGCAGAAUGCUGGCUGGCAACCCCCGGGGCUGGGUGGUCAGUGCUGGGGCGACGGUCACAUGGAGGCUGCUGACCCAUGGUGCUCCAGCUGCUCCUCUUCCUCCGAGUCUGAGGCAGAUGAAGGUUAUUUCCUGGGUGAACCAAUUCCUCGGCCCGUGCAGCUUUGCUACCUCAACAACGAGGAGCUGCGCCAUCGUUACAGUCCCUCUGGGAUAGCUCCCCACCACGGACCUGUGCACGGGCCGAUUCAUGGCCAGAUGCACAACCGCCAAAGGAGGAAGAGCAAAAACUGCAUACUUUCUUAGAUAUAGGGCAAGGGGAUGGUGAGGGAUGAACAGGAGAGUGAAAGAGAUGAGAGAAUGAGAGGUAAGGAGAUGGUUAAAGCAACAAAGAAGGUGAAACAGAGAGAGUGGGAAGGUGAGAGUGAGACAGUUGUCAGCGAGAGUGAAUUGUGUGUGUGUGUGUGUGUGUGUGUGUGUGUGUGUGUGUGUGUGUGUGUGUGUGUGUGUGUGUGUGUGUUAGGUUGGAAGAGAGAAAAGGCCAGUUUUGUGUGCAUGUGCGCUUACACAACUCUACACCGGGUAGUGUUUGUGUACACCUACACAGGAUGAUCUAAUCAUAAGAGGAAGCUCAGCUGGCUUACACAACAGAAAUGUUUACAAUGAUAGAGAUCAACUCCUCUGAUGGUACCAGCAAGCACUGAUGAAUUUGACUACUAAAUAUAAUGUGGUCAAGGUAAAUAACACGAUCUCCGGGCCCGUCCGUGCAUGAAUCCCUGGUACAGAGAGAUCGGACAUUUCCUUCAGAGUUUGAAAAAGGGAAGUAAAGAUGGUGGGAGUGCAGCGAUCUGACUGUCGCAGCUCAGAGAUCCAACAAUCCCUGGGCAGAAAAACGUAUUCUAUGAGGACAAACGAGAAAUUGUGUUGGGAUAGUGAAAGUUACGUGCUAGAUUCCAAGCUAUGUCAUUGUUUACCUCAGUGGGAUCCAAAUGCUGCUGGAAUAUAGUGUUAGCUCGCUAGCCCUGUUAUCACCUUGUACAAAUAGUCUGUUGAACUUUGUGCUCUACAUAGCCGGCUCUCCAUGCUUUACCAAGGACAGAGCGCCACACGGCCUCUGAUCCUUGAACAUUUAGGCACAGUAACGUCAGGUAUGGUCCCGUUUUCUCUUCUGCAACAUGCUUUGUUUUUUUGAGAGUUACCCUUAGAUGAUUAAGAAUUAUAAUAAUAAUAAUAAUUAAAAAUAAUGCUUAUAAUCAUAAAAAUGCAAAUAAUAAUAUGAGAAUAUUACAGAAAUAAAAGCUGUUUAAUGUAUAUACAGUAAUAAACUUAAUAAAUUAAUGGAUGUAGUAAUGUAAAUGUUCUGUACAUAUGGUCUUAAAUAUUUAUAUAUUUUGUAACUAAAGAAUCAUUAUUUGUAUAACAUGAUGUAGAGAUAGGGAGACUUGCAUGUUGAUUUGUUGUUGUUAUCCAUAAUGAAAAUAAAGUGUACUUCAAUGAACAACCAGCAAG